AUGUUUUCCAAGGCUUUGAACAAACUCGGCAAACACGAUGACGUCAUUCGAACACCAUGGCUCUCAAUUUGCAUCACAACGACGGUUCUUUUCUUCCAAGCAGUCCAAUUUUCUCUAUUUUUCAGCUCCAUGUGGCCUUAUAUGCAACUGGUAGGACAUUUUUCUCAGUUUUAAAAUCAGGUUUUACCAACUUUUUUAUCAACUUUUCAAUUUUUCGACCAUAUUUUAGUUGGACCCUCGGUCCACCGAAACCUUUUUUGGCCUAGUUGUGGCCUCAUUCUCAUUUGGCCAAAUGAUCGCCGGCCCGUUGUAUGGGCUGUGGAGCACGAAACGCGGCAGUAUAAUGUUGCCGAUCCUCGUUUGCCAGUGCUUUAUGUUGUUGGGGAACUUGGUGUAUUUCUCGGCACCAUUGCUGCCCUCAAAUCAACGCUACGCCCUGCUGUUUGGACGGCUUUUUGUGGGGAUUGGAGAGUGUGAGUGGCAGUGGGAUGAAGUCCCCGUAUAAUGUACUUAAUAGCAGAAAAAAUAUUUUUUUGAUUUUUAGAUUUUUUUAGAAAAAAAUGUCAUCCAUUUUAAAGCAUAUGCCUUUGGAAAAAAGGCAAAAAAUCAUCAAAAAUAUAGUGCAAAAUGAUUUUUUAUCGAUAUAAUUUGCGCUUUUUGGGUUCAUUAUUGCAACGUACCUUCUCAAAGAUGAUUUUGACAAGAGUUUUCAAUUGUUUCUUGUAAACUUUUUACCGAUUUUCGGCCAAAAAAUUAUGAUUUUCAUCAGUUUUUUGGAUUUUUAUUUUGUUUCUCAAAACGAAUAAAUUUUACCAUAAAUUUUCAUGAAACUUGAGGCCAAUCAAGAUCAAGACUUUUAGAAAAGCUGCAUUAUUUAUUCCCUUGUUUUCAGCCAGCAUGGGGCUUGUUCAAAGCUAUGUUUCCACGGCCAGUCUGGAGAAGGACAGAGCUCGGGCGAUUGCUGUUUGCACUGGUGGUUUGGCGCUUGGAUUAAGCAUAGGACCGUGUAUGUUGCCUGUGUUAACUAUUCUUCAAUUUUUUUAGAUUUUCGAGGGUUUAAAAAAAUCAAUAAUUUUUGUUACAUUUCGUCGAAAAUCUGAAAAAUGGUUGGAUAUUGCAGUAAAAAGUUGUCGAAAGUAACCGCGCCUUGUAAACCAACACUUUUUUCCAUUUUGCCUAUGUUUUGUCAUAUUUUUGUCAUAACAAUUUACCCAACAGUUUUUUUGACAUUUCGUCUAAAACUCAAAAAUCGGUCAAAAAUAAAAAAAAACUGAUCAAAAAAAAGAAUUUUCGUAUUUCACAAAAAUUUCUACUCUUCAAUGGCAUCUUUUAAUCGAAAUUUAUCUACUAUGUGUUGUGACAUUUCGCCAAAAAUCUGAAAAUUCCUCAACAACUUACAUAGUAUAAUACCCCAGAAAUAAGAAGCUACCACAUUUUAAGACACUUUUCAGUGUUCCAACUCUGUUUCAUUCCCAUCGGCUAUCCGGGAGUUCACUUAUUCGGCAACCUACAUCUCAGUAUGUACACAACUCCGGCCUUUGCUUCGGCCAUCAUCAACAUUCUCUGUAUUGUUUCUGUGAUUCUCUUUUUCGACGAGAAUUACAGCGCAAUGAAGUCGCAGACGAGCGAUGAAGAUGGGAAUGCGGUGGAGAUUCCGCCUUACGACAGAGUGGCGGUGGCGGUUUGUCACAUUUCCCGGGCCAUGCAGCUGUUCGUAUUCACGAAUUUGGAGACGUAGGUGACUUGAGAGGUAAAAUACGCGGUAAAUUCUUUCAUUCUAGACUUGGAGCCCCAUUUUUCAUGGCUAUGUUUGCGAUGAGUCGACCGGAAACCGUUAGGACCAUGUCUCUUGCACAUGGCAUCGUUGGAUUGGUCGCUUUCACCAACUAUUUGUUCUAUAUUGUCUUCAAACAAAGGUGAGUUAAAGCGAGGAUUCAAAGGCUAAAAAAUCUUACAUCUUAUAUGAUGGAACAAUGUAUAGACAAAGUGCACAAAGAUUCACUUCCUUGAAUAUGUUUUGUAGUAUUCGCCAUGUUGUAGUAUUCGUCAUGUUGCAAUUCCUUUUUAAAAAAGCUUUCGUAGUCAAAUCUUUUUCAAAAAAUACAAAAUUUAAUGUAAUGUGACGUACAACUCACAAGGAUUCUUUCCCUCGUACAUUGAGGGCCUGAUUCAAUGGUGAAAAAUGUGCCAUUUUGUAUCCGGGAGGUAUCAAAAAUGUGGCAAAAUGUCUCCCUCUCCAACUAAAAAAAGAGCUCCGUUUUGAAGGUCGCGCCCUCUCGCUCACAAAAAGACCGGGCGCGCUUUUGAAAUCGGUGUUUUUUCACUUGGAGAGGGAAGUAUUUUGCUGCAUUUUUUUGAUACUUCCCGGAUGCAAAAUGGUACGUUUUUUGCCACUGGAUCAGGUCCCACACUGUACAUCAGAAGACCUCAAAUUUAUAUAGGAGUGAUCAAGACUGAUGCUCGGAUUUUUCUCAAACUUUGCACGCGCCUUGAGCAUGAGUCACAGCGCGGAAAAAAAAAUUUUGUGGAAAUAUUUCCCUCUACAGUAGAAAUAUAUAGCUUAAAAUUUUUAUGCCAAAAUUCGCAACAAAUUGCCAUGUUUUUCAACCUUUGCCAGAGAGGUCUCGAUUGGUGAUCAAGACCUCCUAGACGCCUUCGAUGGGCCUAUAAUCUAACCCAAAUUCCUUUCAGUCCAAACCACCGCGUAGGCGUGUUCACCGCGCUCGCAGCCUACGUGCUAUUCCACGUCGGCACCUUCUCCUACCCCUUCAGCAACGACCACAUCAAGACGUAUUCCAACGAGGAUUACGAGUUGUACAGGAAUGGGACCGUCGCCGAGGAGCCGGUGGGGUGUCCGCGCGACCUGAUGUCUUGGUGCGACGAGGUGCAGCCCGUCAACUUCUGGCUGUUCAUGUUCUGCUUCUCCGGCGUGUUGGCGUUCGCGUUCUCGACGCUGAACGUGCACGUGUCCGCGCUGUUUUCGCGGAUUUUGGGGCCAAGGAAACAGACCAAUCAACAGUCCAUUUAUCAGGCGUCGGGAUCGUUGUCGCGGUUGAUGGGCCCGAUCGUGAUUAGGUGAGGGAUUUUGAAUGCUAUUGGCGUCAGUCUGUCGGGAAAAUAACGAGCACUCUGUCGCAUUGAAAAUCGCAUCGCAGCCAAGAAAAUGAGGUGUGUCGCGACAAAAUCAUUGUUUUUCAAUGCAGCGACACGAUCGGCGCACCGACAUUGCACUCAUUAUUUUCCCGACAGACUGAGAUUUUCACCAAGUACGUGGACAUCUGGCGUAACGCACAAAAACAUUUUUGCAACGUGCAUAAAAUAUUUCAGAUUUUUGCCAAGUUUAGGCUUAAAUAUCUUGGUUGUUUAUGAAUGCGAUCUAAAAAUUUUAAAAAUUAUAAAAAUCAUAUUCUCAAUAAUAUGGCUGAGUUUUUACCAAAAUCUGAAGCCCACAGACCCUAUUUCAUUUUCCAAUAAUUUUUGUGACAUUUCGUCCAAAAAUCGCUAUGCCAUGAAAUCUCAUUAGAAACUGUUUUUCAAAUCAUUCACUUUAAAUUCGUAUAUUAUUUUUGCCAUUUUCAGUAAUCUCUAUUCGAACUGGGGUCCCAGAGCGGCAUGGGGUCUGGAAUUGGUGGUGAUCUUCUCGGUGAUCACAUUAUGGAUAGUGUUUUACAAGCGAAUGGUGCCAUUGGAGAUCCCAGUAGCGGAAAACAAAGACCACACUCAUGUGAUAAAAGUCAGGAGAGCCAGCGAGGUCAGCGAAUGUAUCAGUUUAUAUUAA